UGUUUUCCAAAAAUAUCCAAGUUUGAAAAUUGCAAUGAAACAAAAUAAUUUUCGUUCCUUAAAAUAAAUUAUCUGCACUUUCAGAUAAUUGUUAUACCUAACCUAAGAACAUACCUAACAAAGAAAUCUACGAUUCAAAUUAGCUACUUUCUAUACUUGUAAUUUUACAGCUUGCAAUGGUUAUAUUCUCACACUACAUCUCUUACGGAGUAAACAUAAAGAACGAAGUUACAAAAACCAAUAUUAUGAUAAAUAAUUAUCAAUAAUAAAUUCAUAACGAGCCACUAUAGUUAAGUUUAGCAUAUAAACAAUCAGAAUCAACGUGUAUGUGUCAUUGGUGCUGGUGUAGCAGGACUGUCUACAGGGAGAUACCUUAAAGAAGAAGGCAUUCCAUUCACUAUUCUGGAAGCUACCAAAUAUGUUGGUGGAACUUGGAGGUAUGAUUCCAGAGUUGGCACAGAUGAAAAUGGCCUACCAAUUCACACCAGCAUGUACAAACAUUUACGGACAAAUUUACCAAAACCUACAAUGGAGUUACGAGGUUUUCCUAUACCACGAAAAGUCCAGUCUUUUCCCAGUUGGCAAGUGUAUUAUGAUUAUAUUAAAGAUUAUGCUGAACAUUUUGAUUUAUUGAAGCAUAUAAAGUUUCUACACAAUGUGAUAUCUGUAAAAAGGAUAAAUAAUAUAUGGAAAGUAAAACACAAGCAUGUGAUCAGCGAAGAAGAGUUUGAAGAAGAGUAUGACUUUGUAGUUGUUGGAACUGGCCAUCAUAGCAAGCCUAACAUGCCAAAUAUACCUGGCGAAAAACUUUUCAAAGGCACAAUAAUCCACAGUCACGACUACAGGGUACCAGAUGGAUAUAAAAAUCGACGAGUCCUCGUCAUAGGCUCUGGGCCCUCUGGGAUGGAUAUAGGCCUGGAAGUAUGCGACGUCAGCAAACGGCUAUUGCAUAGUCACCAUUCAGUUGUAAACUUUAGGACACCAUUUCCUACUCAAUAUGUAAGAAAACCAGAUGUGAAAGAAUUCAAUGAAACUGGAGCCUUCUUCGUUGAUGGCACUUUUGAGGAGUUCGAUGAUGUUAUUUAUUGUACUGGAUAUGAAUACGACUACCCAUUUUUAGACAAGUCAUGUGGAUUAGAGAUGGCAAAGCAGAGUGUGGCACCGCUAUAUAAGUACAUGGUGAAUAUAAAUCAACCCACAAUGGUGAUUAUGGGACUGGUCGUACGAGCUUGUCUUGUUGUUGCAUUGGAUGCUCAAGCAAGGUAUGCUACUGCGCUCAUUAAAGGAAAUUUUACCCUUCCUUCACAUGAAGAUAUGACGCUAGAUUGGCAGCAGCGCUUAAAUGCUCUACUAUCACAAGGGAAACCGCUCUCACACAUACAUUUCUUGGGUGAGAAAGAGGAUGAUUAUUAUGCCGAGUUAACAAAAGAAUCCGGCAUAGAGAGAGUACCACCAGUUAUGUUCAAAAUACGCACGUGCGACACUGAAGCUAAGCUAGAAAAUCUCUAUACAUACAGAAAUUACACGUACCGUGUUCUAGACAAUGAAACAUUCGUCAGAACUGUAGAGGAGUAGACGUGAAUACUGAGUAUUUGUAUGUUGUAAUUAUUAUUUAUAAUAAAUAAAAACACUACUAUUUUUAUUAUUACUCUCGAUCGACUCAGCGAUCCACUCUCGUCGUAACUGUUUUCAUCAGUGCUAUAACAAAUGUUUAGGAAAUUGGAAUGGAAUCAUUUGGGACUAAACAUAAACGAAGCGUGACUAAUAUAAGAUUUGCUGAUAACCUAAUUAUAAUGGAGGAAAAUCCAAAAGUUUUGGAAUCCAUGGUACAAACUCUAACUAAUGACUAAUUUCACAGCAGUAGACAUAAAAAUAGAUGGAAUAAAACUGGAAUGUGUAAUGGAGUAUGUAUAUCUAGGCCAAGUCAAAGAAAUAGACAAAAGAAUUGCUACUGGAUGGAAAAAAUUUUGGGCUUAAAGAGUAAUUAUGAAAAGCAAGGAACUAGGUAUUAAUAGUUUUUUUUUUCUUAAGAUUAAGAAAAAAAACUGUUGGUACCUAUAUUCUCCCCUGCCUCAUAUAUUAUUAUAUUAAUGUGACAACAUAUACAUGCGGUCCCGAAAUCUAGACGCUGACUAAAAGUUACAGGGACAAAGUUACAAAUCGCAAAAAAGUCAUGGACAAGAGCAGAGGAUUAAAGUUAAAAAACAAAGUCAAACAUUAGACUUAAAACAAAAAAUUAAAGAUAUCCUUUUACGUGUAGACUAUCUCAAAUGGAGAUGGACUAGGUAUAUGCUCCGUAAAUAUGAAAAUUGGAGUAAACAAGUAUGAAUCUGGUAUGAAGGUUGAGAAAUAGUUUGAAGAGCCGAGGUCGUAAAGUGCGAAGAUGGGAAGACGACUGUAAAGUGACCCUAGGCCCCCUUUGGCUACGAGUGGUAGCUGAUAGAAAUCAGUGGAAAGCUUUGGAUAAGGCCUAUAUCGUAUGACAUACCGAACGUCGGUACAUAUUGUAAAUAGUUUAACAUUAUACUUUAAGAUAAAAUGUAUAAAUUAGUUUGGAAAUAAAGGUUUUAUUAAUAUUA